CUGGCUGUCGUCAAACUCGUGGAUUUGUGACCGGCCUAAUAACGAUUGUCACGACGCACGGCCGUGAUGCGUUUCGCGGGUUCAUGCGAAAUCGUCACCCACGUUUCCGAUUAAAUUUACACACGAUGGCCCACGCUUCUCCACUGGGUCCUUUCACUCGACAAUCGAAACGUUUGUCAAACGAUUUAUUUGGUCUCGCAAUUCGCGUUUCAGAAUUCGCCAGUGGGAACACACCGUCGACUGUAGCUGUAUAUAACGAAUCGAGUCCCAAGCAAGUGGGAACGUUGAACGAACAGACAAGAAAAAACGAGAAGAUAUCAUUGAAAGGGAUCAAAGGUAAAGGAAAAGCGAUGUUCACGACGGUGAUUUUUGCACUGAACACACUGUGGAUGGUGUGUGAAGCAGUACCGUUGCUUGAUAUGAGAAACAGCUUGGAACAGGACGCAUUGGACGCGAUAGUGUCUUGUUCGUCGAAUGAAGACUGUUGGAAUUGGCUGUCGGUACAGGUUCACAAAAAUGUCCCCUUGAUCUCAAGGAGUCAGAAUCUUCCCGCAUCAAGAAUGAACAUACGACGAGAAGCUUCAAACUUAGAUCCGAACGCGAUAAUAGAAACGUGGGAUGACAAUUCGGUAACUACCAAGCAAAUUGGGAACAGAUUGUCGAAAAAGGAUGCUGUUAUGUCACGUAGCUGGGGUGCCGGUGGCAUGCCCUUCUCUGUCCUAUAUAUGAAUCCACACGGUCCUCGUGGAAACCACGCCAGUACUUCUCAACAACAAGAACUGGGAAGAACUGAAAGUACAACACCCAUAAUGCACCCAAACAAACGCAUUGCUUUACGUAACGGAAGUUCCACGCAACCAAAAAGACAAUACUCGAUAAUACCACAGUUUUUUAGAUCAUACGGAUGGGUUCCGUUUGGCAAAUGAAAAGAAUCUGCUCUACUCACACAACAUCACUACAACUGCAAUACUGAUCUCAUAAUUUUACUAUACCGAGAAAUCAACUGUAGAGAUAUUUAGUUAUAUCUAGUUAUAACUGAGCGUCAUAUUUUGGAUAAAUGACAAUCUGAAAAUAACUUCUUCAAAUUGUUCGUUAUCUGUUUAUACGUACUUUUGAAAUAUUUUCUUCAAGUUUUUAAUUUGAUUUACUAAAGAGUUUCUUAACUUUUGUUAACAAUAAGUAAUUAUUUAAGAAAUCGCCUACUUCUUUAAAUUUUCGUUAAAGCUUCAGUUUCGAAAGUUGAAAUUUUACUACUUCUUUUGGUGACUCUACCUCAUUACGUACAAAAUUACCAUUCUUUUUUGCUUACACGAUUCAAAAACACAAUAAAAUAAAUUUUUACUUUCUACUUAAAAGGAAAAUUUAUGUUUAGCUACGUUUGGUUGUAUUAAAAUCAAUUUCUCUACACGUAUAUUUAAAAACAUAAUCUAAUUUAAGUUGUUAUAAUAAGAAAUUAUUUAACUUACCAUUCAUUUCUUUCAUUGCUUUGAUGAAGUCUUGUGGGUCUUUGAACGAUACAAAUCCAAAUCCUUUCGUUUUGUUUGUUCUUUUGUCUCUAACUACUUUUGCUUUUUGAAAGCUUGGAUACUUUCCAAAGACUCUCACCAACAUUUCAUCCGUGACGUCGUUUCCCAAAUCUCCGCAAAAUAUUCUGAAAUCAUCUGUAAUACAAAAAAAAAAAAUAUGUAAAAUAUAUUUAAAGCAAAAUAAAAUUUACAAAGGAUGUAAACAUGAAUAGAUAA